UCCUGGCUCCGUGUCCUGAGCGGGAUGGGCGGUCACCGUUUCAAUGCUCCCUAUAAAGGAGGUGCUGUGAAGGAGGUAUGGACCUGUUGCGCUCUAAUCGCCAAGACACGCAAUAGGGACAGCCGAGCCUCUAACGCGAACUGCCAAGUCCGACCCACUGCUGCUGCUGCUGCUGCUGCCAUGGAGUUUAAAGAGUGUGGAGACGAGUCGUCCGAGGGAGACGCAGAAGAUCUGGACAAUGUCAAAGCGCUCACGGAGAAGCUGAAGUUGCAGACCCGCAGACCGUCCUAUCUGGAGUGGCAGGAGCGGGUACAGAGUCGCCCGUGGGAGGGAGGACACCCUGCAGACGGCGGCCCGGGAUCUGGGGAUGAAGCCGUUUCCAUGCCGGCGAUUUUAAGAAAUGAGAACUCGGAGCUGGUCGUGCGCAACAUCUGCGGCUUUGACACUAUAGAUGACGCCUUGGAGUUUCUGAGGAAAGAGCUGAGGGAAAUGCAAGUUCAGGACAACCGUCUCGCCCGCCAGCUGAUCCGCCUGCGCGCGGAGAUCCACCGGCUGAAAGUGGAGCAGGUGUGCGAUCGCCACAAGGAAAUGUUGGACGACGCGACGUACGAGCUGGAGGAGUGCGGAGAGGAGUCGGACCUGCUGUGUGACAUCCCCAUGAAGGCGGCCUUCGCCCUGUCCACCCCUUUGAAACACCUGGGCCUCACCAAGAUGAACAUCAACUCCAGGCGUUUCUCACUGUGUUAAAACAAAAAAACAAACACAUCAACACAACCCUCAUUCGUGCCACUGAGGAUGUGCUCCCGGCGCCUCCUCCGGGUUUGCGUAGCCAUGCUAUUAAGGUGAUUUCCUCUUGUGCGGCCAGAGUGGAGAGCGGUUUCCAGCAACCGGUGCCAAAGGUGAAAAUGAAAAUGAUUGCUUAGAUGUGUGCUUUGGCCUGACAUGUAUGAGGAAGCCUCUGUGUGCAGACCUGUAGGAGCACACACCUUAAUUGAGCCUGUGCUACUCUGCUGUUGACUGAUCUUUUUACAGUGGCGUAUGAGUCACAGCGGACAGAUGAAGUCUGAGAGCUAGACUGAAAUUAAAGUACAAUGAGUAAUGUGUUACAACCAGAAUCCGCUUUAAUGGCCAAGUAUGUGUGCACAUACAAGGAAGUUGACUCCAGUCACUUUGCUUCCUUGUACAAAAAACACAGAGCUUAAAUAUAAAAAUAAAGCAUAACGGAUAAAACAGUACAGCAUAAAUUAGACUUAAGGAAAUACAUUGAAAAAUAAAAGCUGUCUCAUACUGGGAAUUUGGUUUAGAGCAAAAACAAAAAGAGGAGGUUAUCAGUUUUCACUUUACUGAAACACCAGAGCUUUGGGUAACUCCACAGUCCUGUAAUACUUCAGACAGGUCGGUUCAUUUUGCGUCAUUGGUUACAACAUUCCAGACGAGGACUUUAUUGCCAAAACUGAUAGGAGUCUUUUUAACACAGACAGAAAUAACAGAAUAACUCACUCAUAAAGCUCAUAAAUCAUUUAUUACAAGGCUCAGGUGAAACGCAACAAAGAAAUCAUGAAACAAUGGAGUAAAAAGUAAAAUACAGGCUAACCCAUGGAUAAAACACUAAAACAUUUUUUAUGAAGGAAAGUGCUGCAAAAUUUGAGAAAAAAUUUGAAAAAAAAAAGAUUUUUUUUUUUUUUUAAAAAAGAGACAACUUUAAACACAGUUUGACUGAAUUAAACGCUAAAGAUUUUAAGGGAGAAUUUAUGAACAGGCAGUGUCUGAGCCAGCCCAUUGAUUUAGAUCAAGCCAUUUGAGUGCAUUAAAAACAAACACCUCGUUGCACCAUUAGUUAACCCUACAGUUUAGCUGACUUUUUCUUGCAGACACACCAGACCUCUAAACUGAAAGAAAAAGACCAUUGUUUGGCUGAACUGGUCACAUGCAGUGAUCUGGGGCCACGAGUGGUCACGGUGAGGUCACGUCCCAAAGCGUUUGGGAACCGCUGCUUUGCUCAAAUCCAAAAGUCUGAAGGCAGUGCAAUUUGGUCAGCUUAAGAAAAUGUUCAGCGACGCUUUGCAGUGGUCUCCUUUCACACGGCAGCGAUCUUCAUCUACUGAAGCCUUGAUCUGGCUCGUUUCCUCACAGGAAGCGGGAGGUCGCACUCCUGCAUUUUUACACCUCUUCUUCGCAAACCAAAAAUAUCUCUGUAGCCUCACUGCCGGGGGGAUGGGACCCAGGGGACUGCGUCUGAUGCAUUUUGUUUUCCAUUACAAAGUCCAGAUGCUGCAGACCACUGUGUAGGCUAUGUAUGGCUGGACAGUGACCAAGUGUGUUUAGUUGCUCACUGGACUAUUUAGGGCUGGUUAAAUGAUAUGUUGUUAACACAUUUUGUUGAGUAAUAUUUUUACAUUGGUUCUAUAAAUGUAUGAUUUUUUUUAUCAUUCUGUGCAGAAAAGUCAUGAAUGUAAAGGCAUUUGAAAAUAAACUCAUCAUUUUGUAUAUAAUUUUGUCUUUUGCACAUAUUAAACGUGUUUAAAAGA